ACAUUUAAUUUCUACACAACAUAUUUCUUCGACAUGGUGGCAUUGAAUGAACGAAUGUUACAAAUUGGCUAACAGGGCGCAGUGUAAUCCAUAAAUUGUAGCAUUUCGAAAAACAAAAAUUACACUGAGAAAAGUUCACCGAGUGUAGAAUACUAACAAACCGUUGCAUAAUUAUGGAUUGAAUUAUGCGAAGAAUAUAUUCAGUUAUAAACCGCUGUUUACAAACGGGCAUGAUUCCCCAGAGUGCGGGAAACUAGCAUCGCUGUUAUGCAAUAAUACUAAACGCCCAACCGGAUAUAUCAGUUUCACAGCGGCGUCAGUAAGCGGAAACAUUUCGGCGUCGUUCCUCGUUUCAAGAAUGUAUAAUAGUAAUUAUAUCAAUAUUAUAUCUAUAACUAGUUUUAAUCAAAUGGGUAAGGAUGGAUACGAUCAAAGUCUUCACGUUUAUUGGACUCAUAUUUACUGGUGUUUUGAGCAGGAGCUUGAAGAAGUGCGAAGAUCCGAUAGAACUUUUGUCUAUCGAUAACGGUCAUGUCGUGAAUUACACAUUGACAGAAGAUUUUGCAGAAUUAACAAUUCAAUGUGAUGAAUGGUAUGAAAUAGUAGCUGGUGGUGAAAAGUGGAAAUGUGGAGACGACGGGAUAUGGCGAACGGCUGUUUUAGAUAAGCCGAACCCUCCCAAGAAUUUACCAAUAUGUGCUCCAGCGUGUGGUAUAAAAGGCGGAACAGACAGAUCUUUGUUGUCGAUGCAUAUAUCUGGAGGCGAAAGGUCAGCCGAAAACGAAUGGCCGUGGCUCGUGUUUUUAAACGGUGGAGAAGAUCCGAAUUUGGAGUCCAACCACCUCACGUGUGGUGGAAGUUUGAUAAACCAGGACUACGUACUUACAGCAGCGCAUUGUGUUGUCCACGAAGACUACCCAGAAGGACUAAUGUUUGCAAAUCACAUUCAUAUAUGGUUAGGCGUACACGAUAGGAAAGAGAAAAACUAUGAACAAGUGAAUUACGUUUUGGCAGAAAAAGUGAUAAAACAUCCAAAAUUUCGGACAGAAAUUUUCGGUAACUAUGAUGUCGCAUUGGUGAAGCUUUCUGAAAGUGUAGCUAUGACUGCGAGGUAUCGACCUAUAUGCCUUCCAUCAACUGAAGAAGAUUUUAAAAUGAUACAUCCGGGAUCUACGGGAGAAAUUGCUGGUUGGGGACUCUACAGCGGUUUCAAUGCCGCUUACACCUUAUUUCAUGCCGAAUUCCCUGUAGUAGGUGGAGACGAAUGCCUCGCCGAAUUGAAAUCAGUCAGUGAAGAGAAGAACCUUAGAUUACCUGAAGAUUUUGUUAUCACGGACAAUAUGUUUUGCGCUGGAUUGCCGAAAGGAGGCGCGGGUACCUGCGAAGGCGAUUCCGGUGGACCAUUUGUCAUGAAGAAGGAAAAAAACGGAAGAUAUUACGCUGUAGGUUUGGUUUCAUUUGGACUCGGUAAUGCUUGUGGUGAAACCUUCACUUACACAGGAUACACAAAACUGAAUGAAGAAAUUUUAAAUUGGGUUCGGCAAACUAUGGCAUCCACUUGAUAUAAUAAUGACAAGAAUAAUGACAAAAUAGUCAUAGGAUCGAUAAUAAUUCAAACACUAGUAUAGCAACUAGCAAGGCAACUAUUUAUUCAAGUAUUGUGCUGGGAGUAUGGUGUAGUUAUAUUCCAAUAAAACUGUAAUUAAUAAACAAGACUAUAGUGAUUUAUGGAAUUGAUAUUGAGAAUAUAAUCGAUAAUCACGUUAUGAAAAUAAUUUAUAUAUAUAUAUAUAUAUACAAGAGUAAAUUCACUGCGAGACGCGUUAACAUGUAGUUUUCAGUUUGCGAAUAUCGAAGUUCAUUUCCGCUGGUUGUUGGAGGGUUUUUAUUCCAUAUCCUACAUUAUACCACAAAUGGCAAAACAAAACUAUUGAAUUGGAUAUUUAGUAUGCACAUGAAUAAAUUCAUUUACGGCUUAUUGUGGUAUUUGUAAAUUAAUCCCGCAAACAAGAUUUCCAGUUUUAAACUAUUAAUAACGGUGGUCUAGUACGAUCGGGUGAACUAUGCAGGAUAUCUACAUGGGAACAUCCCAUCUGUAUUAUAUACAACAAUAAAUAAUAGAUAUAAAUUCACGAGUUCGAUUCUUAUACAAGGAUAAUUUACCAUUUUAUUUACUUAUUUAUGAUCGCUCACAGACCAUACGUAACAACUAUGCGGUAAAAUGUCAGAAUUGACACAUAGUCGAAUGGAAACAAUUUAGGUUUUUUUAAUAAUGGUUAGUAAAACGGAAAAUACAUA